GCACCCCAUCUCCGCACGCCCGGGAGGUGAGCCCGCCGCCGCUUCUCACAGCACCGGCAGCUUCCACCCGCCGGGGCGGGCUCCGCCAGGGCCGCUUCCCCUCACAGCCGGCGCCGCGGUGAGAAGAAGCACCUGCCCUGCCACCGAGCGGGGCAGGAGGCUGCGCUGAGUGAAGGGGAGCACCGCGCCGCUGCCCCUCCAUGAGACCGCCGUGGGACAGCGCCGCCGCGGGGAGGAGAAGGCGGCCGGGCCGCGCGGCUCCGCGGAUGCCGGGGCGGCAGAAGCGGCAGCAGUAGCAGCAGCGGCGGCGGCGGCGGCGGCGGCGGCGGCGGCAGCCGGGGCGGUUUUCCGCCCGCCGGGGUGUUCCACUGAAGCGGGCGGGCGCGGCGGCUUCACCUGUCGGCACUGAGCAUGCGCGCGGCGGCGGGGCACGCCACCGAUUGGGAGCGCGAUGCGAGUCUAGGACGGAGCAGCCGGGCAGUCGCGACUUCGCGCUGCCGCGCCGCCGGAGAGGGGCCGCCGGGGGCCGCUCUCCAUGGGAUUGGAUGCUGCUGCCGCCGCCUCGGACCCUGCUCCCUGCGAGGAUCCAGCUCCCGCCGGCGACUCCCGUUGGCUGGGGGGUGUCUUCUCCGGAGCCGCCGGCUGCCUUGAGCCGGGCAUGACCGGGUGGGCGGCGGGGGCCAGCCGUCCCCCGCUGCCCCCUCGUCGGGGGCCGGGCAGAGGCAGUGCUGCCGGGCUCCCUGUCGCGCCGGGGCGGCGCUGCCCGGCCCUGCCCUGAGGGUCCGGCGGGGCAGAGGCGGGCGGCUCAGCCGCUGGAGCCGCUCGGCGGGGCGGCUGUUGGACUGUUAGCGGGGGGCGAUGAGGGCAGCGGGGCGGCGGCGGCGGGGCGGCAGGGCGGGGCGGGGGCUCCGCCGGGCUCUCUAGGACGCCGGCGCCCCGCACACCCACCAUGGAUCUGCUGCUGGUGGUGAACACGAGCCUGGGCUCCCCCAACGAGUCCCUGGCGCUGCCCCCUUCGUCGCCGUCCUCUUCUGAUCUCCUGCAGCCGCCCUCCCCGUACUCCCCGGCGGCCGUGGCCAGCCUGGCGGCGGUGGUGGGCUUCCUCAUCGUCUUCACCAUCGUGGGCAACGUGCUGGUGGUGAUAGCUGUGCUCACCAGCCGGGCGCUGAGAGCCCCCCAGAACCUCUUCCUGGUGUCCCUGGCCAGCGCGGACAUCCUGGUGGCUACCCUGGUCAUGCCUUUCUCCUUAGCCAACGAGCUUAUGAAUUACUGGUACUUCGGCAAGACUUGGUGUAACAUUUAUCUGGCGCUGGAUGUGCUCUUCUGCACCUCCUCCAUCGUCCACCUGUGCGCCAUCAGCCUCGACAGGUAUUGGUCGGUCACACAGGCAGUGGAGUACAACCUCAAACGGACCCCCCGGCGGAUCAAGGCUAUCAUCCUCACUGUCUGGCUCAUUUCAGCUGUCAUCUCCUUCCCUCCAUUGAUCUCCAUGUACCGGGACCCUGAGGGAGAUAGUUUUCCCCAGUGCAAGCUGAACGAUGAGACAUGGUACAUCCUUUCUUCUUGCAUUGGCUCUUUCUUUGCCCCCUGCCUCAUCAUGGUGUUGGUCUACAUCCGCAUCUACCGCGUGGCCAAGCUAAGGACCAGGACCCUCUCUGAGAAGCGUACGGUGCCAGAGGGGUCAUCCCAGACUGAGAAUGGCUUGAGCCGCGUUGCUGGCGGCUGCACAUCCCUGAGGAUGAAGCUGGGAGAGAAUGGACAUUAUUCAGUGCACCACUGGCGCAAAGCCUCUGAACUGGAGGACAUUGAGCUGGAGGAGAGCAGCACCUCAGAGAGUAGACGGAGGCGGAGCCGGGAGGAGCAUCCCCGCAAAAGCAGCAAGAGCCAGUCCUUCUCCUACUCAUACUCCUCCAAGCACUCCAGUAGCCGUCUGUCCCGCGCUAGCAAUCGCUCCAUGCAGUUAUUCUCGUAUCGCCGUCGCCGGAAGCGUAGCAGCAUCUGCCGUAAGAAGGUCACCCAGGCCCGGGAGAAACGCUUUACUUUCGUGUUGGCCGUGGUCAUGGGUGUCUUUGUAGUUUGCUGGUUCCCUUUUUUCUUCAGCUACAGCCUCUAUGGUAUUUGCCGGGAGGCGUGUGAGGUCCCUGAGACUCUCUUCAAGUUCUUCUUCUGGAUUGGGUAUUGCAAUAGCUCCCUGAACCCAGUCAUCUACACCAUCUUCAAUCAGGACUUCCGCAGAUCCUUUAAACACAUUCUUUUUAAGAAGAAGAAGAAGAACUUUUGGCAUUGAGCUGGAGGGAUGGAUUUGCCUUGAGCAGGAGUAGAGUUAAAAGAGGAGAAGGCUCUAUGAUGACAAAGAAGGGAGGGAAGAGAACAUGGGAUUUGGGCUCACCCCCUCGGUGGAGCAGAGUGGUGCUGUGGGGUAUGAAGAUAGAGCCAGAGAGGCUGAGGGCAUUCAGCAUGGUACAGAAUGCUGCUGAAGGAGCGGUGCUGGAGUGUGGAUGGGUAAAAGGGGAGGGGAGUGAUUGUCUUUGAACCCUGAUGGAGGGCAUGGGGAGUCCACAGAGGAAAAUAGGCUGACAGUGAUUUUGGGAGGCAGUGAGCUUUUACAGGCUCUGGAAUUUUGUGGGAAAACAAGCAGAGAGUCAUCAGGAGGAAAGGGUUAAGUGGAAGUGGUGGUGAAGAUUUGAGUAUUUAUAAAUACAGCAGCUGGGUCCUGUGGUGGUCUUGUCCCAGUAAGAAAUUAGCUUUUACUGCUUAUGUGGGCAAAGAAGGUGCAAAGUACCAGGCACUGGCAGUUUUUUCAGUUACAAAAGGAUUUAAAUGCUUGCCAAAAAAAAAAAAAUCCUAAAGAACAAUCCAAACUCUUUUCUAAAUAAACCUUUGUACUGUUAAAA